UAGUGUUCAAGAGGUUGCAUGAAGAAAUUGUUUGGUCUGGUUACCAUGGUACCCUUCCUUUCCUUCUUCUUCAUCGUCACUGUUUCAUAAACAAAUGAGAAAUGAAAGGUCUGCUGAAGCUGAACCAAAUGCUGGCAGACCUCAUUCGUUCCAACCACCACACCCAAUCCUUCACCCUCUUCGUCAUCGCCCACUCCACCUCCACACCUGACCACUACACCCUCUCCGCGGCCCUCACCGCCGCCGCCAACGCCCGCCACAUCACCUUCGGCGCCCAGCUCCAUGCGCACGCAGUCCGAACAGGGCUCUGGGCCCACUCCCACGUCGCCAACUCCCUCCUCUCGCUCUACGCCAAGACCCAUGACCUCGCCUCCGUCGAACGCGCGUUCACCGAAAUACAUUGCCCCGACGCGUAUUCGUGGACCACACUUCUCUCGGCCUGUGCCAAACUGGCCCCUGUUACCCAUGCCCUUCAACUGUUCGACCAAAUUCCCAAACGACACGCGGCGGUCUGGAACGCUAUCAUUACCGGGUGUGCGGACAAGGGUCAUGAAGGUCUUGCUUUUAACUUGUUCAGGGACAUGCAAAAGAUGGGUGUUAAGGCUGAUAAAUACACUUUUGCCACCGUGUUGAGUAUGUGCUCCUGGGAGCUUUUGGAUUAUGGAAGGCACGUGCAUUCGGUGGUUAUCAAAAGUGGUAUUUUGGGUUGGACUUCUGUGGUUAAUUCUUUGAUCACUAUGUAUUUUAAGUGUGGGUGUGUUGUGGAUGCUUGUGAGGUGUUUGAGGAAGCAGAAGAAGGUGGCACGUGUGAUUAUGUUACGUAUAAUGCAAUGAUAGAUGGUUUUGCAAGUGAAGAGAGAAGUGAGGAUGCAUUUUUGAUGUUCAGAGACAUGCAAAAGGACUGUUUUGGUCCAACGGAAGUUACCUUUGUGAGUGUCAUAAGUUCCUGUUCAUGUUUAAGAGCUGGUUGUCAAGCGCAGGCUCAAGCUAUCAAGAUGGGUCUUAUUGGUUGUGUUGCUGUGAACAAUGCAAUGCUGACAAUGUAUUCUGGGUUUGGGGAGGUUUAUGAGGUUCGAGAUAUUUUUGAGCGAAUGGAGGAAAGGGAUGUUGUUUCAUGGAACAUAAUGAUUUCAACGUUUCUACAAGAGAAUCUCGAGGAAGAAGCAAUUUUGAGCUAUUUGAAAAUGAGAAGGGAGGGAAUUGAACCAGACGAGUAUACUUAUGGAAGUUUGCUGUUUGCUACAGAUUCGUUGCAAGUUGUGGAGAUGAUCCACUCCCUUCUAUGCACAAGUGGGCUUGUGAAAAUUGAAGUUUUGAAUGUGUUAGUUUCUGCAUAUUGCAGACAUAGGAAGAUGAAGAGUGCUUUUCAAAUCUUCUCUGCCGUUCCCUAUAAAAAUUUAAUAUCUUGGAACAGUAUCAUAUCUGGGUUUUUGAUGAAUGGACAUCCGUUACAAGGGUUCGAGCAAUUCUCUGCGUUACUUCGUGCACAAAUCAAGCCAAAUGCCUAUUCCCUCAGUCUUGUUCUGAGCAUUUGUUCUAGCAUGUCAGCCAUGAGUCAUGGGAAACAGAUUCAUGGUUACAUACUAAGACAUGGUUUUUCUUCAGAAGUUUCUUUGGGUAAUUCCUUGGUCACAAUGUAUGCCAAAUGUGGAUCUUUGGAUGGGGCUUUGAGAGUAUUUGAUGCAAUGGUGGAAAGAGAUACAAUCUCUUGGAAUGCUAUAAUAUCUGCUUAUGCACAGCAUGGACGAGGGAAAGAAGCUGUGUCCUGUUUUGAGGCAAUGCAGACCACACCUGGAAUCAGACCAGACCAGGCUACCUUUACUUCAGUUCUUUCUGCUUGCAGCCAUGCAGGUUUGGUCGAUGACGGUGCUUGUAUUUUUUAUACAAUGGUAAAAGCUUAUGGAAUUUUGCCAAGUGUGGAUCAUUUUUCUUGCUUGGUUGAUCUGCUAGGUCGCAGUGGAUACCUUGAUGAGGCAGAGACCGUUAUUAAAGAUGGAUAUUUGGGAGCACAUUCUAAUAUGUGCUGGUCAAUGUUUAGUGCUUGUGCAGCUCAUGGUAAUUUAAAGCUAGGAAGAGCAGUUGCAAGACUUAUUCUGGAAAGAGACAAUGACAAUCCAUCAGUUUAUGUGCUUUUAUCAAAUAUCUGUGCAGCAGCAGGUCAGUGGGAAGAAGCAGCUAAUCUUAGAGAUAUGAUUAGAGAGUUUGGGACAACAAAGCAGCCUGGCUGCAGUUGGAUCAGAACCUAAGACUUACUGGUUAUAUGUUCUUGCAAAUUAUAAGCACCAGCUGAAUAUGAUGGAGGUCCUACACAGAUUCCAAUUUUGAAUAAACUUGGCCAUAGAGUAUGAUGUGAUAUGCAAGAAAGCAGAAUUCAUAUUGUAGCAGAAAAUUUGCUAUUAGUAUCCCGGGCAUGUGCUUUACAAUAUUUAUUUUCUCCAAGUGAAGGUAAAAAGGCCAAAGUUUGGGUAUUUUCUACAUAGAGACGGUGCUUAGAGGAGCUGAAAGUAAGAUGAGUUUGUAGUAUGGUUUUCAAAUAUCUGGGUGGACUAGCAAUGGAAGCUCCUAGAUGUAGGUUUCACUGUUAGGAAAGGAAAAUAAUUUUUUUUUUCCGAAUGUGAGAUAUUUCUUUAAGUCAUAUCAUAAUUAGGAGACCAUUCAAUUAUACCUGUGAAGAGAUAUUGCGCAUACUAAUACAGGCAUUUUUUCUUUUUUUUUGUGCUGCUCAACAGUUUUCUUGAUACCUAUUUUUCUCUUUUCUCCAUGUGUGUGGGAGAACUAAGUGGCGCUAGAGCCUACAAGAGAUCAUCAAAUAUACAAUUGGAAACAAUUAUCUACACGAAGAGGAGAGCAGAAACAGGACCAUGUCUCUGACCAUCCAGAAGAUCUGACAAGUUGGGUAUGGACCCUACUUUUUUUACCAGUCAAAAGAAAGGUCUGACAAUGGAUUUGAUAGAAUGCAUGUUGUUGACGUAUGCAUCAUUUUUAUACAGCUUGUUUUGUUUUAAACUGGAGGACUUUCAGCAGCCUUUUAACCAAAUGCAGAAAGCUUGGCUUGUUGCAGGACUUUGCUAGUGACAAGAGUCAAGGUCAGGUUUAAGACAUCGCCAAUUUGUUUGUGAACCUCUGUUAUGAUGUAAUGUCACUUGUUCAAGAGUCUUGAGCAAGUGGCUGUGACUGUUGACUAGAGGAUUAAAGAUCCAAAGUGAUACCUAAGGCUGCUAAGGAGAUUGUUGCUUCCUUGAAGAAGUACAAGGCAUGGUAACUUUGAAGCACCAGUGACUUCUGCACCAAAAGCAGUAAGUCUGGACAUCUACACUAUCAAAGAUCACAUGGACUAUCAAUUCUUAGAUGAUGAAGCCUAACAAAGACCCUUUUUUUCUAUAUGUUUUUUUCUGUAGUUUGACACUUAUAAUAUAGUCUGCAUGAAGAUUAAUAAUUGGAAGAAGAUGAGUGAAUCAU